AUGUUCCUCCCCCUCCCCACCACCCUCCUCACAACCAUCACAUCCAUCCUCCUCCUCACCCCCCCAACAACGCCCUACAAACCCCUCUCCCCCUCCUUCCUCCGCGCCAUCCCCUCCCCAGCCCACACCCUCGACGCCCACAACAGCACACUCCUCUCCCCUCUCCUCAUCCCCCGCGUCCCCGGCACGCCCGGCCAAACCACCGCCCAAAACCACCUCUCCACCUUCUUCCGCACCCACCUCCCCACCUGGACCCUAACCUGGCAAAACAGCACGAGCACAACGCCCCUCUCAGCCGGCGCGCAAGUCCCCUUUGCGAACCUAAUCGCGAGAAGGGAGCCACCGUGGGUUAGCGAGGGCCAGGCGAAUUAUCUGACGCUCGCGGCACAUUAUGAUAGCAAGUUUUUUGCUGCGGACGAGGGGACUUUUGUGGGCGCUACGGAUAGCGCGGCGCCGUGUGCGAUGUUGCUGCAUAUAGCAAGAGUGCUGGAACCGCAUUUAGCGCGCAUGUACGAGGAGAUGAGUGCACUGGGCGAGGGCGGGGAGGUGGAUAUGGAUAUGGGUGUUCAGAUGUUGUUUUUGGAUGGGGAGGAGGCGUGGGGCGAGUGGAGUGGGGAGGAUAGUUUGUAUGGGUCUAGAGCCCUAGCAACACACUGGCAAUCCCACCCAAACCCCCUACCCCAAACCUCCAAAUUCUACAAAAACCAAACCCCCUUAUCCCAAAUAUCCCUCUUCCUCCUCCUCGACCUGCUCGGCUCCGCCAACCCUACCGUCCCAUCCUACUACCCCACAACACACUGGGCCUACCUCCACCUGUCCCGUCUCGAAACCCGCCUGCGUUCCCUAAACCUCCUAGAAUCCAACCCCCCAACCCCGUUCUUACCAGAUGUGAAUAUGACAAUGGGUACAAACGGGGUGGAAGACGAUCAUUUACCUUUUCUGCAGAGGGGCGUGGAGGUGCUGCAUGUGAUUCCGAAUCCGUUCCCGGAGGUGUGGCAUACGGUUAGGGAUGAUGGGGGACAUUUGGAUGGGCGGACGGUGAGGGAUUGGGCGAGGAUUUUGGGGGCGUUUGCGUUGGAGUGGUUGGAUAUGAUGGAGGUGUGGGAUGAGCCUGAGUGA